CAGUGGAUCCCAUGUCAGUGCAGAACGGCAGUCACUUGCCCCCCUCGUUCAUCCUGCUCGGUGCCCCAGGAUUGGAGGAGCUGUACGGCUUUAUUUCCAUCCCAUACUUUGCCAUGUUUGCCACAUCCAUUGCUGGGAAUGGACUGGUCAUCGUUGUGAUACUGCAGGACUAUCUGCUCCACCAGCCCAUGUAUCUGUUCCUCUCCAUGUUGUCCUUCACUGAUUUGCUCUUCUCCGUCUCCACCUGCCCCACGGUCAUGAACAUCUUCUGGUUCAACUCUAGGCAGAUCCAGUCUUUCAUGUGUUUGGUGCAGAUGUUCUUCGUCCAAGCCCUCUCUGUGGUUUCCUCGGGACUGUUACUGGCCAUGGCCUUCGAUCGCUUCGUAGCCAUCUGCCACCCACUGCGCUACUCGUCCAUCCUCUCCAAUUCCAUGGUUGUUAAGAUCGGUGUGGCCUCAGCCUUGAGGAGCAUCGUCAUCCACAUCCCGUUGGUCUAUAGCCUGGAGCUCUUGCCCUACUGUAAGGGCAACCUGCUGUCCCAUUCCUACUGCUUACACCAAGAUGUCAUGAAAUUGGCCUGUGAUGGCACCAACACCUUCAACAUUGCGUAUGGCUUGGUCAUCAUUUUGUCUACGGUGACGUUGGACGCCAUCUUGAUCUUCAUCUCCUACAUUCUGAUCAUGAGAGCAGUGUUUGGCUUGACCUCGGGGGUCGACCGCUACAAGGUCUUCGACACCUGCAUCUCCCACCUCUGUGCCGUGUUUCUCUUCUACGUCCCCGUGGUCGCCUUGUCCUUUAUUCACAGGUUUGGGACACAGCUCUCUCCUUCUUUCAAAAUAUUUAUGGCCAGUGUUUAUAUUUUGGUCCCACCGAUGUUCAACCCGAUUAUCUACAGCAUCAAGAGCAAGCAGAUCCGGGGAAGCUUCGACCGACUCUUCCGCCGCCACCGUGUCAGAGCGACGUGCACGUAAACGAAUAUUCACCCAUGGGGACCUCAGUCAUGUUCUUCAGGGUUCCUAUGGUGGCACCGGUGGCCCAAUCUCGUUUGGACUCAUCUCUAAUGUUAUGAACAAACCUCAUGGUCCAUCAAACUCUGCAAUUAAAUGGACAAUCAUGGUUUCUUCUAGUACGUUUGUAGGGUUUGUAUCCUCCUCAUAUGAUCUAGAACUUCCUCUGCUCAUUAAAUCAUGGACAUCGCCAUUGGGAGACAUUCCCUUUUAAAGUUACUUGGUUUCACCCAUCGAGCUCUUAUGUGCAGUACCAGGUGGCGCUGUCCCCUUGCAGCUCUAUGGGAAAUUGCCUAAAGCCUGACACUGGUGGGAAGUGGUAGUGCAACUGAUAAACUCCAAUAAGGGGUAAUUAUAUCUUAGUUGGGAUCAAG